AUUAAGAGCAUGCUACUCUGUACUUCUCGGCUGCAGAAGACAGAGUGAUAUUCGUGUUACCACAGCAUGUUGUAAAUAUAUGAGAUUUUGCUCAUCCCGGCUUGGAAAUCAGAAUAGGGAAAAGCGAGCAACUUGAAUGAGAAGCUGUUAGAAGAGCGUGCAGAGUUCUGCAGGAGUUUAUGUGCGUUACAUUUUGCCUUCUUCUAACUGGAACACAGAAGGACUGGCAUUUUUUUAGAUGGGCUUUUCCCAUAAUGGCAUUCUUGUAUUGUGUGACCAGAGCUUGCACAGGAGGAAAGCAGGCUGCUGAAUUUAGUCACUGAUCUCUAUUAGCUGUGGCCUAAGGCUAUGCUGAGGUUUAUAUCCCAUUUGUAUUGUUGCAGCUCAAAAGAAGAAUGUUCAGAGGAUGACAAGUGUAUUCUGAGUAGGUAUGUUGUUUCAUUUUCAUAUGAAACCCAUCUAUUUUGUUUUCCUGCUACUAUUGGUCAGAAAUCAGGUUAAUAGGUGCAAAAUGUAGUACAGUGCUGCAGUAUUCCUGUUAAGGUGGAACAAUGGUAUUGCAAGCUUAAGAGGAAAAAAAACCCACCCCAAAACUAUAGCUGCUUUUAUUAAAUAAAGCUGCUUUGUGUGGUAUGCUCAGUGCAGUCUUUAAAAAAAAAAAAUCUACUGCAGUCAACGCUUUCCUAACGAGGUGGCACUAUUGUUGAGUUAAAAACGAUAGAAUCAUCAUAUUGCUUUAGGGGACAGAAGGCUUUAAAGGAGGUACCUUGCAGCCCUAUUUUACAGAUUGGAAGCAUCGGUUUAAGGGCACUGUUCUCCGCGGCAGCCACCACUGUGUCAGUCCACUGUGGAAUGGAACUCCUAGUUGGUAGUCUGUUAUGGAAACGCUGUUUACUGUUAUUGUAGUACCGUGGUGACAACAUGCCAUUGAAAUGGAAAACGAGCUCUCCUGCUAUCUGGAAAUUCCCAGUUCCUGUGCUUAAAACAUCCAGGUCAACGCCACUUUCUCCAGCGUACAUAUCUCUGGUGGAAGAGGAAGACCAGCACAUGAAAUUGUCCCUUGGAAGCAGCGAAAUGGGCCUCUCAUCCCAUUUGCAGUCUUCCAAGGCAGGAACCACACGCACCUUUACCAGCAACACCCACAGUUCUGUGGUGUUACAGGGAUUUGACCAGCUUCGACUUGAAGGAUUGCUUUGUGAUGUGACCUUGAUGCCAGGUGAUACGGAUGAUGCUUUCCCUGUACACAGAGUCAUGAUGGCAUCUGCUAGUGAUUACUUCAAGGCCAUGUUCACAGGUGGAAUGAAAGAACAAGAUUUAAUGUGCAUUAAGCUUCAUGGCGUGAGCAAAAUUGGUCUAAAGAAAAUUAUUGAUUUCAUUUACACUGCAAAGCUCUCUCUUAAUAUGGACAACCUUCAAGACACACUGGAAGCUGCCAGCUUCCUACAGAUUCUGCCAGUUUUGGACUUCUGCAAAGUAUUUCUCAUAUCUGGGGUCACUUUAGACAAUUGUGUUGAAGUGGGGCGGAUUGCCAACACCUACAAUCUGACAGAAGUGGACAAAUACGUUAAUAGUUUCGUCCUCAAGAAUUUUCCUGCAUUGCUGAGCACUGGGGAGUUCUUGAAACUCCCUUUCGAGCGUCUUGCCUUUGUGCUUUCCAGUAAUAGCCUUAAACACUGCACCGAACUUGAGCUCUUCAAGGCGACCUGUCGCUGGCUGCGCCUGGAAGAGCCUCGGAUGGACUUUGCUGCAAAAUUAAUGAAGAACAUACGAUUUCCACUGAUGACACCACAGGAACUCAUCAAUUAUGUGCAAACUGUGGACUUCAUGAGGACUGACAAUACCUGUGUGAACCUGCUUUUGGAAGCCAGCAAUUACCAAAUGAUGCCAUACAUGCAGCCCGUGAUGCAGUCAGACAGGACUGCCAUUCGGUCUGACACCACUCAUUUGGUCACACUUGGAGGAGUGCUGAGGCAGCAGCUGGUUGUCAGCAAAGAAUUGCGCAUGUAUGAUGAAAAGGCCCAUGAGUGGAAGUCACUAGCCCCCAUGGAUGCCCCGAGAUACCAGCACGGCAUUGCCGUCAUUGGCAAUUUUCUCUAUGUCGUUGGCGGACAGAGCAAUUAUGACACAAAAGGCAAAACAGCAGUUGAUACAGUCUUCAGAUUUGAUCCUCGAUACAACAAAUGGAUGCAGGUUGCAUCUUUAAAUGAAAAGCGCACCUUCUUCCACCUAAGUGCCCUCAAAGGAUAUCUGUAUGCAGUCGGUGGGCGAAAUGCGGCGGGUGAACUGCCUACAGUCGAAUGCUAUAAUCCAAGAACAAAUGAAUGGACCUACGUUGCCAAAAUGAGUGAGCCUCAUUAUGGGCAUGCUGGAACAGUGUAUGGAGGAGUGAUGUAUAUUUCAGGAGGAAUUACUCAUGACACUUUCCAAAAGGAGCUCAUGUGCUUUGACCCUGAUACAGACAAAUGGAUCCAAAAGGCGCCAAUGACCACUGUCCGAGGUCUGCAUUGCAUGUGCACAGUGGGAGAAAGGCUCUAUGUCAUUGGUGGCAAUCACUUCAGAGGAACAAGUGAUUAUGAUGAUGUCCUAAGCUGUGAAUACUAUUCACCUAUCCUUGACCAGUGGACCCCCAUUGCUGCCAUGCUAAGAGGGCAGAGUGAUGUGGGGGUCGCUGUCUUUGAAAACAAAAUCUAUGUGGUUGGUGGGUAUUCCUGGAAUAAUCGUUGUAUGGUUGAGAUUGUGCAAAAGUAUGACCCGGAUAAAGACGAGUGGCAUAAGGUGUUUGAUCUCCCGGAAUCACUUGGUGGUAUUCGAGCUUGUACCCUCACAGUUUUCCCUCCUGAAGAAACCACACCAUCACCCUCUAGAGAGUCCCCUCUUUCUGCACCUUAAGAUCACCACUCACACUAAGAUGCUGUAGUCCCAUCUUUGCAAAUGUGUCACAUGACUUCUUUUCUCCUCCCCCUUUAGUAGUAUAUGUUAGAAUUAGCCUCCAGUAAUUGAUACAGCUAUCGGGAAAAAAAAUUAAAAAAAAAGAUGACAUUGAUGUUAUUCGUGCUGUCUGUUUGGCUUAGAAUGUUUAUAAAGUGAUAACACAAACAUUCUGGAUUGUAUCCCAUAGAAGCUGGUGUUAAACAUAUUAAAAAACAAACAAACAAACAAACCCAAGCUAUUGUGUAUAAAAUGUUCAUUCAGUACUUUUCUUGAUGCUGUGUACUGAGUGUGAGAUGUUUGUCAUCUUACAUUAGAAAGCCCAAUAAGUCAAGUUGGAGGUGAAUUAUAGUAAAUGUACAACUGUGUUCACUAGGCUUCAAAGUAAAAGUCGUUCUUUCAUCUUUGACUGUAAGAUGUUAAAGGGAGGCAGCCAGUGCCAACAGAAAACAAUACACACACACACACACAAAAAGGUUGCCAACUCGCAUGAGCUACCUCCCUCUUUUCAUAAAGUAUUUUUGACAUAUCUGUCAACCCACCUAACUGCGUGGGUGCAUUGAGAACAUAUAAAGUUUCUUAAACACACAGGAGAAAUAAUAAAUAAAUUUCACCAAUAUUAAUGAAAAAUAAGGCAUAACCCACCUACCUUUGCCAAGGGUUUGGGACUUUUGGAGUGUCUGUGAAUUCAUAUACAUACAUAUGAACUAAUGAAAACACAAUUUUUUUAAAUUGGCACUUCAAAUAAAUAAGUUGGUUUUUUUUUUUUUUAAAAGAAUCCUUCUAAAGAGCAGCUUCCAUUACAAUGGGAAUUCCGUAUGCACCUAUAAUAGGGCAACCAUACUGAAUUGAGGUGGAUAAGGGCUAGAAAUGUUGAGCAAUUUAAUUUGUCACUUAGCCAAAUUUUACCUUCCAAAUGAUGUUAUACUUUUUCUCCUUUGCUGUUGAGAUAACUUACAUAUUCUAUGUAUUCUGUAUACUCUCAGUUCAUAAGGUUAUUUAGCACAAAGUGCAGCAGCUUCACCUGGAGAGCUGCUUUUGCUCAGUAAAUUCAACUCCCAUGUUUUAUCUUUUUUUGGUAAAUAAAAAAAAUCAUUUAAUGUC